UUAGUUCUUCUAACGAAAGCAAGUCGCAGCGUUUGUACUCCAGCGACAUCGUUUAGGGAUAGUAGAUCGGAAAUGGAAGCCUCACAGUCGCAGGUAUCAACGAACGCACCACAAAAUUCCAAUCCUAACAACAAUAGCAAUUCUAUACUGUCAUCGACGCCGGUAUGGCCCACAAUCGACGGUCCCUUGGGCCUAUCAGAGGAAGAAUCGUUAUCCUACGCUCUGAGGUUCUAUAAGUUCGGCUACUCGCUUCUCCCUUUGCUUUGGGCCGUUAAUUGCUUCUACUUCUGGCCCGUUCUCUGUCACUCUCGCUCCUUCCCUCGCCUUCGCCCCUAUGUUGUGGCAUCAGCAAUUGGGUUUUCAGCUCUUUUGUGUGCUUGGGUGUUGACAUUUGCCAUAGGAGGAGAACAUCUUUUCGGUCCUACCUCGGAUCAACUGGUAAUGUAUAAUGUUGCAGACCGGUUAGGUUUGACAAGUUGGAGUUAGUCAUCUUCCGUUUCAAAAAGUUAUGGCUGCUAACCUUUGCUUUGCAUUAUCAAUCCCUAAACUCGAAAGAAGGGAAAAGAGAUGGCAUGUGGAAUGAAUUGUUUAAAAACAUUCAUUUGAAGUCGAGAUGUGUAUAUUCUGAUUGUUGAACCAAAGCUGCUGCUUUUGUAAUCAAAAUUGUCAGACUUUCUAAGGCUUAA